UUCUUCUUCUUCUUCAACUCUUCCCUUCCCUUGUCACUUUCUACCCUAGCUCAGCUCAGCACGCUUUCCCACCCCAAAUCCCCUCCUCCUCCUGCUUCUGAGAGCAACGAUGAAGAACCACUCCAGAGUUAGACCCCUAUUUUGUUUCUUCAUCCUUGCUCUCUUCCUCUCCUUCUCCGGUGCCGAGAUCUCGAGCAGGGCCGGCGUCAACUACGGCCAGCUGGGGAACAACCUCCCCUCGCCGGCGACGUCCGUCGAGCUAAUCAAAUCCCUCAGAGCCAAACGGGUCAAACUCUACGAUGCCAACCCCAAGAUCCUCCGCGCCCUCAAGGGCACCGACAUCCAGGUCUCCGUCAUGAUCCCCAACGAGCUCAUCCCCAACGUCUCCGCCUCCCAGUCCUUCUCCGACCGCUGGGUCCGAACCAACGUCGUCCAUUUCUACCCUUCCACCAAGAUCCGCUACCUCCUCGUCGGAAACGAGAUCCUAACCAACCCCGAUGUCGGCACCUGGUUCAAUCUCGUCCCCGCGAUGCGCCGGGUCAAGCUCUCCCUCCGCAAAUUCCGCCUCCACAAAGUCAAAGUCGGCACCCCGCACGCCACCAACGUUCUCGAAUCUUCCUUCCCGCCGUCCAACGGCACCUUCCGCUCCGACAUCGCCGUCCCGGUCAUCAAGCCCAUGCUCCAGUUCCUGAACCGGACCCGGUCCUUCAUGUUCCUCGACGUUUACCCUUACUUCCCGUGGGCCGCCGAGCCCAACAACAUCAACCUGGACUACGCCCUCUUCCAGGCCCAUAAUGUGACCUACACCGACCCGCUCUCCAACCUGACCUACACCAACCUCUUUGACCAGAUCGUCGACGCCGUCAUCUUCGCUAUGAAGCGGCUCGGGUACCCGGGCAUCCGGAUCUUCAUCGCCGAGACGGGUUGGCCCAGCGCCGGGGACGUAGACCAGAUCGGGGCCAGCAUCUACAACGCCGCCGUCUACAACCGCAACGCCGUCAAGAAGCUCACCGCCAAGCCGCCGAUCGGGACCCCGGCCCGGCCCGGGGUCGUCAUCCCGUCGAUCCUCUUCGCGCUGUUCAACGAGAACCAGAAGGGCGGCCCCGGUACGGAGCGCCAUUUCGGGCUCCUGUACCCGAACGGGACGGCGGUGUACGAGAUCGAUCUGAGCGGGCAGACGCCGCUCUCCGAGUACAAGAAGCCGCUGCCGCCGCCGACGAACAACGAGCCGUUCAAGGGGGAGCUUUGGUGCGUGGUGGCGGCGGAGGGGUCGGCGAACGAGACUGCGCUGGCGGAGGCGUUGUCUUGGGCUUGCUCGCAGGGGAAGGGGAUUUGCGACCCGCUUCAGCCCGGUGGGAAGUGCUUUAAGCCCGACUCGUUGAGUUGGCACGCGAGUUACGCCUUCAGCGCGUAUUGGGCCCAGUUUAAGAAGCUGGGCGGGACUUGCUCUUUCAAUGGGCUCGCUGCCCUCACAGCCAAGGAUCCAAGUAUGGGACGCUGCAAGGUUCCGAGCGGAAGGCUGGCUUGAGAUUGGAUAAAGAAAAGGCAGGUUAUUAGAGUUUGCAGAUCAUGAUUCAGCCAAUCAUUAAUUUACCAGGCUGCUCGUUCUGUUUUGAUCAUUGUAUUAGCAUUCUUUAAAUGUCUUGUAAUCUGAUGACAGUGAUAGAAUUUAGGAUCAUUGAGAUAAUGCAAUUAUAUUACCCUUUUUUGGUGGGAAGAGGGUUUUCUUGCUCAAUUCUGUUGUAAAAUAUGAGAAUGUUUUGUCAAGUUUUAUUAUAUCUGUUCUAACUGCUUUUUCGAGCAGGACUGUUCUAUACUUCCUUCGAUACCCUUGAAUUUGAUGCAUAAUAAGGCUGGCUCUGGCUCUAAUCACCAUUUGCACCACUAUGGUUUAUCUGAUAAACACAUAAGAGUACA